AUGAGUCUCCUACGGUCCAUAACCGAUCCGGAGAAAUCGACGGAGUUUGGGCAAAGGCACAAAAACGACACAUCCCACAGAGGUGAACACAAGGCCUGCAUCCUAUUAAAUCUGGGUAAGUUGUAUCACUUGAUAAACAAAGGAGAAAAUGGAUACACAUAUGUAGAUGCUUCUAUAGAUGAUCAUUCAAACUGGAUGAGAUAUGUGAACUCGGCCCGGAACAAAGACGAAGCCAAUUUGAUCGCGGUACAGUACAAAGGCACCAUCCUGUUUCAUUGUUGUGGUACAAUCCACGCUGGAGAUGAACUGACGGUGUGGCCCAGCAGCAAGAUGCUCGACCAAUUUAGUGAAGAUUGGACCCAGUUCUGGUUUUCUAAGUUGAACAUUCGAGAAUCUGAAACUCUGGUGGAACUCGGCAUGGAUCAGGAAGAGAGGGUCUACAAAUGCCCGCUCUGCGACAAGAGCUACGCAAGCGCACAGGCAUUGAAAAACCACGCGUGUGUCCAACAGACCAAGAUCCUCUACCUGUGCACGGAUUGCGGCAAAGGUUUCACCAACAAAUACGGUCUGAAACAGCACCAGCGGAUUCACACCGGCGAAAAACCCAACAACUGCCCGCACUGCCCCAAAACCUUCGCGCACGUCGGGCAGCUCAACGUCCACCUGCGCACGCACACCGGCGAGAAGCCUUACCUCUGCACGCACUGCGGCGACAGCUUCCGGCAAUCUGGUGACCUCAAGAGGCACGAGAGGCGGCACACGGGGAUCCGGCCGCACACUUGUCCCGAGUGCGGUAAGGGUUUCAGCCGCCCGACGAGUCUCAAAGCUCACAUCAUGCUCCACCUGGGGCAAAGGAUCUUCAAGUGUACGCAGUGUGGCAAGAGCUUCUCCCGGAACUACCAUCUCAGAAGACACCACCAGAAAAUGCACUCGUAA